AUGGCGCUAAAAGACAAAGUUGUGUUGAAGAUGGGCGACACGAUCGUCGACGUGCUGAUGGGCCCCGUCUACGUCGAGAGCGUCGUGCGCCAUUACCCGAACCACGCGGUCUUUUCGCCCGCCGACGCCAGCAGCGCCUCGCUUUUCGCCAAGCGCGAGGGGCCGCUGCCGCCGGGGCGGGUUCUUAAGCCGGGGCGCUGUUACCACCUCGUGCGGAAAGCGCAAGGGAAGGGCGGGGUUACGGGCGGAGCGGAGUGCGCGCACGCGGAUGAAGGCGGGACGGCGGGGCGGAAGCCUCCGCGGGAUUUGCGCAAGACGCCUUCCGCCAACGGCAGGAAUGAGCGCAAUUUAUCUCCGCCCUCCGCGCAUCCGCAGUCCGCCGUUCCGCCACUGGUGCACGUGCCCGCGCGGUCCCCGCCCCGCGUCACUAUUUUCGUGAAGCCCCGCCAUCGCGUCAAUCACAGCACCAGCGCCCUCCCCGACGUUUCCCCCGACGCCUCUCCGCCACACGCCCGCACCUCCGCCGCCGCCGCUCCAGCGCCGUUUGCCACAGGUGUGCACUCCCCUGCUCACGCAGAUGGCGGAGCGAGCAGGCGACGCGCGGGAGAGACAGGCGGGAUGGCGCCGAACGGGAAGACGGGGGAGAGCCACGCGGCCCAGGGCGCGGGGCUGGCGGCUUCCCCUGGGCGGCUGAUGGUGCCCGCGCUGCGGCGGUCCAGGCGCGGCAUGCACCGCCCGUGCAAAUCGUUGAGCGGAAGUCCGGAGGAGAUACGGGGACUCGCGGAAGAGGCGUGGGGGGGUGACGACGACGGGGGAAAGGCGGGGGACGGGCGAUGGCGCAGCGCGCAUGUGACUCCGCUGGGGAGCGCGCACGCGACGCCGCAUGGCAGCCCGUAUGGCAGCGCGCACGCGAGUCCCUUGCGCGGGUCGCUCCCCGCGUCAUGCAGCAAGGCGGCCGCGCCGCCCUGCGCCAGCGCGCUGAGGCCCAGGACCGCGGGCGGGGAGCGUAGCGGGGGGAAGGGCGCGGCGGCGCAGGCAGGCGCAGGGGCGGGGGCGGGGAGCAGCCCGCUGACGCGCAGCCACGGGCGCAGGCACUCGGGUGGGAAGGGCGUGGGGGGAGCAGCGGCGCUGGACGCGGUAGAGGCGCUCAUUGGCGCGCAGAGGGUGCUGAGCAUGGCGGAGGGGGGCAGGGGGAGGAGGGGGGGGAAGGAGGAGGAAGGGGGAGAGAUGCGGGGCGAUGGGAAGGCGGGGGAUAAGGGCGAGCAGGGGUGGGCGGAAGCACUGGUGGAGAGGAUGAGGCAGCUGAGUCCGCUGAGGGGGAGGAGCCCCUUGAGGGGGAGGAGUCCGCAGAGAGGGCGCAGCCCUGUGGGGGGGAGGGCGGAGGGGCAGCGCAGCCCUGACCUGGCACGACCGCCCUGUGCUGUGCCCAGGGGGAGCAGUUUCAGCCCGCCCCGCAUGGCGUUUGACAACGGAGAGCAUGCCUCGCAGCACCCUGAACCCCGCCCCCCCAUGCUGCAUCCCCCCACGCCCGUGCUGUUUCUCACCAGGCCCGCCCACUCGUCCCCUCCGCCUUCCCAGCGCUGCGCCGCCUCCGCCACCCCCUCGCAGCACUCUCCCCUCUACGCUGCCGCCCCCUCACACCGCUCUCCUCCUCACGAUGACACACACGGGCGUUACCAGGGGGCCUCCAUGAGCCCUCGCCCUGCGAGCCCUUGCCCUGUGAGCGAUGGGGAAGGAAGGGGAGAGAUGGACACAGAGAUGUGGCAUGAUGGUGCUGGGAAUGAGUGGACGAGGCAGGGGCAGCAGGGGCAGCAGGGGCAGCAGGGGCCACAGGGGCAGCAGGGGCAGCAGCAGGGGGGGCGCAGGGAGGAGGCACGCAGUGAAUUGAAGCGCAAGGCACGCGACAAGCGAAGUGAGGGUGACAGGGCCAAGCAGGGGAGCAGGGGCCGUGAAGACAGUGGCAGUGAGGGCAGAGGGCGAGAGCGCAGCCCGCUGAGGCGCUUGCUGCACGCUAUAUCUCUCGACGCCACGGGCAGUGAGGGCGACAAUCCCAAGCACGGCAGUGACAGUGAGGGCAGAGGCCAGGAGGGCAGAGGCCAGGAGGGCAGAGGCCAGGAGGGCAGAGGCCAGGAGGGCAGAGGCCAGGACCGCAGCCCACUGAGGCGCCUGCUGCACGCCAUUUCCCUGGACGCCCCCUCCCGCCCUGCCAGAGCCAGGCGCGCCGUGGAUGACAGCCUGGUGGGCCGCAGCAGCAAGGGCAAGUCAGCACAUGGGACACAGGGUGUAGCAGCUGCAACAACGGCAAGGGCAGCGGGCACAGCAGCAGCAGCAGAGGAGGACAUAGAGUGGCAGGCGGCGGUGCAGGCGUUCAGGCGGAGGGUGGAGGUGCUGAACGGGGAGUGCCUGUUCAACUGGUCCACGGUGACAGCGGGCAAGGAGGAGAGGCGCGCCGUGAUGUGGAAGCCCCACCUGCCCGACGUGCAGGAGGCGAGUGACGCCGGGUCGUUUGCGGCGCCCAUCACACGGCACAAGCGGACACUGUCCGCUCAGAUCACCAGCUGGCUGAGCUAG